UUGUAAAAUAAGCAUUUUAGUUUGUAGAAACAAUAGCUUAACUAAACAUUUAUGAUUUUAUUAAGCUAUAUUUAUUAGUUUAAAAUUAAUUCCAUAAUAUUAUUAAUAAAUAACUAUAAUUACCCGUUCACAUAGCGCCAUCUGUUGUUUAUCUUGAGUUAUGUGCGAGGAAAGGUUCGGUAUUCCAAAACCACACCAGAACUGAGAGGCUUCUCUGCGGUCAAGUUGGUCUCCACGACAGGAAUAAACUCGUUCCCGUUUAAUUUGUGAAUAAUGACGAAUUUGGGAUCAUCACAGGCGUCGUUUGGGUGAUGAAGAGACGUUCACAUUCCGACGACCACAACACAAAGGCGAGUUCUUAUCUUUCCUGUCAGAAUACAGCCAAGUUUGUUGUACCAAACCAGCAGUUUCUUGAUGCUGGUAUGCUCUUCUUUCUCCUGAUGUUCGGGACUGUCAGUAUGCCUAUUGGCUGUCAUGCUGUGGCCAGCUGCCUCUCUCUCACUUUCACCCUCCUCCUCCAUGUCAUGGAUGUGUGUCUGCCCCACCAAGCAGAAACAGGAUGCCCAGAGAGCUGUUUCUGCUCGGAGAGUGUCGACGGCGGGCUGGUGGUCCGUUGUAGUGACAUGCACUUGAUCGCAGUGCCACGUGACCUUCCGAACACUACACAGCAUCUAUAUCUAGACAACAACCUGCUGCUUAGCAUACCAUCUGAUGCCUUUAUAGGGCUCCCACUACUGUUCAAAUUAGAUCUUUCCCACAACAGGUUGGUCCACCUGGAGCCUGGAGCCUUUCAAGACCUUGCAGACUCGUUGAGCAGCCUGGAUCUUUCUUCUAAUCAGCUUGAGACUCUGGACCCUAAGGCGUUUGGUGAACUCAGAGCCCAGACUAACCUCUCUCAUAACCCCUGGCUGUGUGACUGUCGUCUGCAGCUGGCUAUGCCACAGCUGCUCUUGGAUCCCUCCUCCCUCACUGAGGUGGUGUGCAACACCUCUGAACCUGAAGAGCUGCAGGCUCAGGGUAUGCCCUUCAUCCUGGUAGCGACUGAUCUUGACUUCUGCGCAGCACUCCGGAGGACCACUGACGUGGCUAUGCUGAUAACGAUGUUUGGCUGGUUUACAAUGGUUAUAUCCUAUUUAGUUUAUUAUGUAAGGCACAACCAAGAAGAUGCAAUUCGCCACCUCGAGUAUCUCAAGUCUCUGCCUAACAGGCAGGGCAGAUCUGAGGAGUCGCUGACACUCAACACCAGGUUGUAACACAAUUAUGAGUAACAGUUUUUAAAAAAUUGCAUAUCACAGGUUUUUCUUUUUUUGUUGUGUUUAUUGAUGUUUCUGUAUACGAGAUAAAAUAAAAAAAAUC